CGAUCGCGAAGACGCGCUCGGGCCUCGCGUGCCAGCGCUGGGACUCGCAGAAGCCCCACCAGCACAAGCACACGCCCGACGGCCACCCGGAGCUCGCGGGCCACAACUUCUGCCGGCAGCCGAAGUCGGGCAAGAACCGCGCGCGCGCGUGGUGCUUCACGACCGAGAAGAAGACGAAGUGGGACUACUGCGACGUGCCCCGGUGCGACGCGUCGUUCGUCGACGCCGUCGACGACCUCGACGUGCUCCUCACCGAGGGCCGCCUCAGCGACCACAGCCGCGCGGUCAUCCUCGACGCCGUCGACAAGCCCAUGCUCGGCGGCCCAAACGCGCGGCUCCAGCUCGCGCAGCGCCUCUUCACGCUCGCGCCCGAGUUCCACGCGACGAACGCGCACGAGCCCGUCGGCGCGCGCGACGACGAGGUCUACAGCGACCCGCCGACGCGCAAGUACAAGGCCGUCGUUCUUCUCUUCUUGAACGGUGGCGCGGACAGCUACACGAUGCUGGCGCCGACGGGCGACUGCGCCGUCGCGGGCGACUACGUCGACUACCGUGGAGCCAUCGCGGAGAUGCCUUUCGAGAUGAGCGAGUACCGCUCGAUCGCUCCCGGCUCCGACCAGCCGUGCGACACCUUUGGCGUACACCCGUCGCUGGAUAAAAUCCACGGCCUCUACGAGACCGGCGACGCGAGCUUCUUCGCGAACAUCGGGUCGUUGGUCGAGCCGCUCACGCUCGCGGAGUACCGCUCCGGCGCGAAGCGGACGCCGCCGUCCAUCGGCGCGCACGACGUGCAGCAACGCUUGGCCCAGACCGUCGUCUCCGACAACAUGUCGGCCAAGGGCGUGCUCGGCCGCAUCCUCAGCGCCCUCGCGGACCCGAAGGUCCGCGACGACCCGCUCAACGCCGUGGGCUACAGCCUCAACGGCCUGCAGAAGGCGCUCGAGGGCUCCGGGCACGCGGAGGUCAUCGACCUCAACGCCGACGACGGCUUCUCGCGUCUCAUCGACUACGACGAGCUCAAGGAGGAGAUCGGCUUGUUGCUGCAGAAUGAGAGCUCGUCGGUCUUCGCCGACACCUUCGCGGGCCUCUUCGGGCCGGCGAUCCGCCACGCGGAGGAGAUCUCGGGCAUCUUCGAGGGCGACGACGGCAUGGUCACGGACUUCCCCGACACGGGCCUCGGCCGCCGCUUCGAGGACGUCGCGCGCAUCGUCACAAAGCGCGACGCGUUGGAGCACGAGCGCGCGGCCUUCUUCGUCGAGAUCGGCGGCUUCGACAACCACGGCACGCUCGACGCGCUGCCCAUGCGCCUCGAGGAGAUCGACGACGCCGUCGCGGCCUUCGCGGACGAGAUGAAGGCCCAGGGCAUCUUCGAGGACGUCGCCAUCGUGACCAUGUCGGACUUCGGGCGCACGCUGACGUGGAACGGCGCGGGCACGGACCACGGCUGGGGCGGGCACCAUUUCAUCGUGGGGGGCGGGUUGAACAACUCCACCAUCCACGGCCGCUACCCGGAGACGCUCGGGCCGGACGGCGACCUCAACUACUCGCCGGACCGCGGGCGCAUCAUCCCGUCG